UGCUGCUCAUCUCCAGUCCAGCAGGGGGCGGUAAACGGACCAAUCAGCUGCUUUGUCUCAGCGGAAGUAAAACUAAAAGGCUCCAGCAGCAGCGUGUGUGGACUCAGCUGGAAGACGGUUGUGUUUGUCGUAUCUCAGCUGAAUAUCUGCGUAGUUUCAGCAACAAUGUCUCCAGUUCAGCAUCUGAGAGAGUUUAUUAGAGAGCGACUAACUGCUGCUGCUGAAGAAAUCUUCUCAGAGGUUGAGAAAACCAUCGUCCGCUACGAGGAAGACUCUAGAAGGGUGGAAAGCUGCUGGAGACCCCAGAUAAAACUCACCAGAAUCGACCUCCAAAAGCCACAUGUCUCCAUGGAGGAGGAAGCUUCUUCCAUCCAACAGCUCUGCAAGCAGAGGAGGAGGUCCAAUCAUGACCAGGAGGAAGCAGAACCUCAGUGGUCUGAAGAGGAACAGAUGGAACCAGAUCCUCCUCUGACUGAAGAACAGGGGGAACCAGAACCUCCAUGGAUUAAAGAGGAAAAUGUGGAGCCUGAGUCUUCAUGGAUUAAAGAGGAACAAAUAGAACCAAAAGCACAGAUUGAAGAGCAAGAGAACCCAGAACUUCCACAGAUGGAGGAAGAAAAAGAAAAACAUGAUUCUUCAAGGCUUAAACAUGAACAACAGGAUGCUGAACAUUUACCAACCAAUAAGACAAUGUCUUUAAAAUGUGAUGUUUGUGGGAAGUCUUGGAAGCACAAGAGUCAAUUGAAAAAGCAUUACAGAACCCAUACUGGUGAGAGGCCUUUCUCUUGUCAGACAUGUGGAAAAGGUUUCACUCAACAGAGUGAUCUAAAUGUUCACAAAAGAACCCACACAGGUGAUAGGCCUUUUUCUUGUCAGACAUGUGGAAAAAGUUUCACUCGAGUAGCCAGUUUAAAUGUUCACAAGAGAACCCACACAGGUGAGAGGCCUUUUUCUUGUCAGACAUGUGGAAAAAGUUUCACUGCACUGAGUCAUUUAAACGAACACAAGAGAAUCCACACAGGGGAGAGGCCUUUUUCUUGUCUGAUAUGCAGAAAAAGUUUCACUCAAAUAGCCAGUUUAAAUGUUCACAAGAGAUUACACACAGGGGAGAGGCCUUUUUCUUGUCAGACAUGUGGAAAAAGUUUCACUGGAGUAAGUCAUUUAAAUAGUCACAAGAGAACCCACAAAGGGGAGAGGCCUUUUUCCUGUCAGACAUGUGGAAAAAGUUUCACUGCACUGAGUCAUUUAAAUGUUCACAAGAGAAUACACACAGGGGAGAGGCCUUUUUCUUAUCAGACAUAUGGAAAAGUUUCACUGGACUGAGUAAUUUAAAUAGUCACAAGAGAAUCCACAGGGAAGAGGCCUUUUUCUUGUUAGACAUGUGGAAAAAGUUUCACUGCACUGAGUCAUUUAAACGAACACAAAAGAAUCCACACAUGGGAGAGGCCUUUUUCUUGUCCGAUAUGCAGAAAAAGUUUCACUCAAAUAGCCAGUUUAAAUGUUCACAAGAGAAUACACACAGGGGAGAGGCAUUUUUCUUGUCAGACACGUGGUAAGAGUUCCACUGGAAUAAGUCAUUUAAAUAGUCACAAGAGAACCCACACAGGUGAGAGGCCUUUUUCCUGUCAGACAUGUGGGAAAAGUUUCACUGCACUGGGUCAUUUAAAUGUUCACAAGAGAAUACACACAGGGGAGAGGCCUUUUUCUUAUCAGAAAUAUGGAAAAGUUUCACUUGCCUGAGUCAUUUAAAUAGUCACAAGAGAAUCCACACUGGAGAGGCCUUUUUCUUGUUAGACUUGUGGAAAAAGUUUCUCUCGACUGGAUUCUUUAAAUGUUCACAAGAAAACGCAUACAGGUGACAGGUUUUUUCAUGAGGAAUAUUUGGACAAAGCUUCACUCAAAGUGGCAGUUUGAAUCUUCACAUGAAAUGAAAACAAAACGGAAAAGUUGUCUUUUUUUUCUGCAAAUAAUAAAAAGUAUUAAAAUUCUUCUUAGUAGUUUUCCACUAGAGACCCUCUGCUGCCACCUUCUGGAUUGGAGUCCUGUCUUUUCUAUAAAUUCUGUCUGUCUUGUAGAUCUUUUUUUUGUUUUUUUUAUUUUUUAGAAUUAAGCAAUGUUUUACACUCAGUUCUUUCAGUUAAGAAAUAUAUAUACACAUACAAAGGCUGAAUAAUUGACUGAUUUUUUUUUUUUUUUUUUCUAGUUAGCUGUUGAGAUGUUUCAUGUUCCUAGAGUUUAUGUAAGCAAACUCAUUCAUUGUUCUAAUUCCUAAUUGUACGUUACUGGUAGGAAUUAAACAAAAUCACAAGAAUGAUUCUGCAGAGCAGGGCCAAAGUUUUUUAGCCCUUUUUCAUCUCUACUUUUUAGAAGCAGCUGAAUAACAAUCUUCUGAAUCCUUGUUAUUCUUUUUUAACCUUCAGAUUUUUGUUCUUUUAAAUCUUGAUGUUAGUCCUUUUUUCAAUCACAUUUACUCUCUUGGAGAUUUUCUUUUGGUAAGUGUCCUUCCAUCCUGUAAUAAGGAUUUGGGUGCUUUCCAAGGGUCUUAUAUCUUGAGGAGCUGUGUAGGUUUUAUGUUUUAUUUUAAAUAUAUUUUUAUUUGAAAUCCCGUCCACUCUAGUAAGCUUGAUUGACAUUUAUUCUUAGCCUGUAAAAUCUCUAGAUUAGGAUGACAGGAGUUCAGUUCUGCGGAGGCCUUUCAGAUUUAUCCUAUUAACUGUUGGCUGCAAUAAUUAAAUUUGAUUACGACUAGGCUUGUGUCAUAUAGGGUCUGGUACAGCAGGUUGAUACAACUGCUAAUAUCUAUUUUCAGUAGAUGUCAAAUACAUAUUUUUAUUUAAUUGUUUUUGCAUCCAUAUUUACAAUUUUUUUUUAAUCCUUUUCCAAUACAAUUCUUCUAGUUGGAGACCAAAGGAUACAAUUCAGCUCAUUUUCUUCAUUUUCAUAAUGGUAAUGAUAACACAUGGGAUAAAUGUUAUCAGCCAAGACUAUUUCCCAGAAAUUGUAUUGGUUAUGAAACUGGAGGGUUUGUGAUAUUUUCAAAGCAGAACAUGACCAACAAGGAUGAAGAGUCAGAAGAUCUUGCUGUAAUUUGCUGAAAUCUUUUUGUCUACAAAAGAAAAACCAGGCUCAUUCUAUAUUACAGACAA